CAGUGCAUUGUUCGCGUCCGUCGGCCGUGGUACCGCGUCGCCCGGUGUGUCGCGCGCGCGAUUCUGAUCAUGUCAAAAUAAUAAUAAAUACAAUAAUUUAUCGAAAAGUUUAUAAUAUUAUUACGAUAACGUCACAAUAUACUUUUAAUACAUUUGCCGCACGAUAGGUUGCGGCUAUGGCGUAAAGUGUAUUUUCGUGUACCGUCCGUAUCCGCGUGCACAGAGUUCGGCGCGCGCGCGCGCGCCCGCGUAUAUAAUAUUAUGUACGGCGUACGGCAAUAAGUCGCUGCGCGCCGCGCGGGUCGAGAUUGCCGCCGGAGUCGUUUCCUCGGCGUUCGUUUGAUAUUUCGUUGGUUUUCGAGUGCGACGAGCGAACAGGGCGCCGGCCACCCCGCCGCCGCCGGUGGCCAAUCAAUGCGUGCCGCUGGUGCCGCCGCCGCCGUCGUCGCCUCCUGUCGACGGCCGCAACACAAGGUACCCACGAUUUAAAAAUUACAAUGUAAUCGUGUAAUACGCCUGUAUUGCAAGACAUUCAGCAUGUCUUCUAGAAAAGGCACAGAAAUAAAUACCUGCGGCGAGAGUCAAAAAUCAACUUCAACUACUUCUAAAACAAAACAAAAAAAAGCUUCUAACGCAAGUGAUACUCCUCCUGGACCAAUUAAUUUGACAAAAAAAUCUGUUAAAAAGCCCACUUUAUCUCAAAAAACUUUAAAAAUUGAACCAAAAAAUGUUAAAACGGCCAAAGUUAUUAAAAAAAAUGAAAAAGAAACUGAAGAUUCGGACGAAAAAAAAGAUUUGGUAAAAAAAUCUACCAAACCAAAGCUAAAAGAAAAAUUGUUAACAAAACCCGUGAAAAAGCCUGCAGUUAAAAAAGGAAAAAAUUCUAGCUCUGGAAAUAGUGAAAAAGUUGACAAGUUAUUAAAAACCGAGUUAAAAACUAAAAAACCUGUAAAAAAGUCUGAUGAUAAAGAAGAAAAGAAAUCCAAAGAUAAAGUUCAAAAAGAUAAGAAGGUUAAAGAAACGAAAAAGAAACCUAUUCCAAAACCUACAAAAAAGAGUAUAGAUGAAGUUGAUUCUAUCAAAUCACGCGCGGAGAUUAAGUCAGAUAAAAAAGAUAAACCAAAAAAAACUAAAGCUAUUGCUAAGAAUAAGGUAAAAAUAAAUUCAGCUAAGAAGAUAGACGACAAUCCGACCAUAGAAUGUAUGGACGUAGUAAAAGACGAAAACCCGGACGAUGUUGCUCUAUUACAAGUUUUUCAAUUAAAAAAUGGUCCAGUUUGCGAUUUUGAUGGGAGUGUUUGUAAUACUAUAACAAUCAGACAAGAUAAUACUUGUAUAAAAAUUAAAGAAAUAUCAGUUAGCCAAUUGCCUUACUCGGUAAAAACAGAAGAAAAUGAAAAGAUAGAUAUAGCACCUGUAAAAAAAGAAUCUAAACAUAACACUGAAAACCAAAGUACCGAAAAGCAAAAUUCUGAUCAACAUAAAACUGAAAAACAAAAAGUUGAAAAACUAAAAAAUGAAAAACAAAAAUCAGAAAAAGAAAAAAAAGAAAAACAGAAAAUUGAAAAAUCUGUAACAAAACCGGUUAAAGUUGAAAAAAAAAAGAAAUUAUUAGCAGUAGAUAAAAUUAAAUCAAAAGGAAAAACAAAAGUUGCAGCAAAGACCAAAGUAAAAGGUAGACCUGUGGCCAAGAGACCUAGAGUAGCAUCUCUCAAUGCCAUAGCCAAAGUUCAUUGUUUAUACGAGAAUGAAAGUAAAAGUGCACUGAUUGACGCAAUGGCAGCCUCUGCAGCUACUACAAUAAAUGUGGCUUCUAAAAAAGGUAAAAAAAAAUCAGAUGUGGAAAUUCCGGCUAGAAAAGGAAAAAGAACGUCGAAAAGGACAACUCCAGGUUUAAAAAGUGUCGGAAGACAUUGGGAUAUGCAUGAUACAAGUUCUACUAACAGCUCGUCAUCAGGUAUAGAUGAUGCAAAAUAUGAACCACCGAAAUCUGCUAAACGUACGAAAAAACAACCAAAAGUUUCAGAGCCUGAAAGUACAGACGAAGAGGAAGAACCUGAAAGGUCUUCCAAAGAAGUCACUUCACCAACAGGUGGUUCUAAGCGAAAAAGACGUAAUGCAGAUACUGUUACUAUGGAUCUUAAAGAUAUGGUUGUAAAAAAACGCAUGGCAAGUUUAAAUGCAUCCGCUAUAUUAGCAGCCAGCUAUUCGACAGAGAAAAAAUCACCUCCAAAAGUACAAGAUUGUUCAAAGAAAUCUACCACUAGUUCUGAAAUAUCUUCUGAAAGAUCCGAGCCAGAAGAUGAUGCGGAAGAUGAAGAUUCCGACGGGCAUAGAACGUCCACAGUCCGUACAGCUCUUCAGCCAACACCUUUGCCACCCAUUGUACCUCCACCAACGUCACAACUUGCUGUUAUCGUUAACCAGGACACAGACGUUACAAUCACUACUGGUGUGUACGUUAAUAGUACUACUCGAUCUACGAGGCAUGAGGAAUUUUGUACCAUAUCUGGGCUUCAAUACCGGAUAUCUAGUACUAGCCAUACGCAAACUGAAGCAACAGCUGUGGCCACGGAAACUCUACUUCAUGCUGAUCACACGGUUUCACAGCAGCCAGCGUCGUCGGUACCCGUGCCGUCGCAGCAGCAACAGCAACCAGCGGCUCCGCGUCCGUCGUACGCGCCCCUGACCGCAUUGUCCAGCAUGCAACCACCUGGUUCGUCCGGCGCUGACCACCAUCCACCGCCGCCGCCACUGCCGCCGCCGUCGCACCACCGACGCCAUCACCAUCAUCAUCACCACGGUGCCCCGUACAGCAGUGCGUUUUCCGCGCCGCCGCCGCCGCUAACUCAGGCUAACGGGGCCUCUUCCGACGCUUCCGACAACAUCGGUGGCAAACAUGAACAACCGGUGCCGCUACCGCCACCACCACCGCCGCCCUACGCCCACGGGUACUACCAGCCAGCCGGGCCGCUGAUCACCCACCACCUGGUGCCGCACCACGUGCACUUGCACCACCCUUCGCACGUGAAACAGUCGCUAGCCCCGCCGUUGGUGCCCACGCCACCGUCUUCGGCCGGCACCGCCGCACCUCCACCUGCUGAGUCGUCCGACACCGAAGUGGUGCCGGUUAGAUCGACUUCAGUGCCAACACCGCCCGGUUACCGAUACCAGCCGCAAGGCCCUUACCAUCCGCCGCCACUUCCAUCGUACUAUCCGUCGCCACCCGCGUCGGCCAGUCUCCAGUAUCCACCGCCACCACCACCACAGGUGCCGGCUCACCACUACUUGCCGGAGCCACCCAACCCGUGUGCGUACCCCGGUGGCCCACACCACCAGCCCGGCUACUUCCACCACAGCCGAAGCUCUCCGUACCAUCACAUACCGUUCCACCACAGACGACCGCCGGCCGCACCGCCGUACGCACAGGCUGGUGGACCGCCCACGUACUACCACGAGUACUACGGGCCACCACCUCCCGGACAGCCGCCGGCGCCAACCGGUUCUCCCGCGGGGCAACAGCAAAUGUUGGUAGCCAUUACCAGGCCCGGCGGCGACCGGCCGGAACACCAUCCGCCGCCUCCGCAGCAGCAGCAUCAACCAACGCCGCAACAGCAGCCGCCGCCGCAGCAGCAACACCUGCAGCACCAACAGCACCUACAACACCUGCAGCAACAGCACCACCAGCAGCAGUCCUUACCGCCGCCCGACGCUUACCCUGCGCCGCAGCCGCUCUAUUACUCACCGUACGGUGCACCGCCCGGGCCGUCGUGCUACUCGACCGCCCCGCCCCGCGCCUACGUAGACCCGACAUACCAUUCUUGUCCGUGCCCAAUGCAAUCGUGUCCCAAUCCAAAAAACGGACAUACUGGCCCGCUUACUGGUGCAGUCAGUAAGGGGCCAAAACAUCAUUCGACAGUAGUUACACUCCCGCCUGUGGCAUUGGCACUGCCACAGGAGCCUCCGCGGGCCCAUGGCCCGCCGAGCCCGGCUAGGGGCAGCGCCGGUGUUCCCGGACCGCCGCGUUCCGCAAGCUCAGGCAGCCCGUGCAAGCAAGUUCCUUGGUGCAUGAGCCCACUGAGCCCGGCCCGCGCAUCCGUGCAACACCUGGCGCCCCAAUCACCGGCAAUGUUGGCCGCAAAGAACCCCACUUCAGAGUGGAACACCAUUAGCGAAGAGAAAUGCGAUACCACCGGUUUGUUAGCUAUCGGCAAAGUCCUCAGCCAGUCCGUGUUGGGCUUGGACCAGCCGAUCGACCAUCAACACGACGACAACGUCGUGGUACCAAAAGUCGAACCUAUCGACGACGAUCAACAACCGCAAUCGUAUUACACGCUCAAGGUGGACAUGGCCAGCGAGGAGGAGGGCGAUUCCGUGUCGGCGACCGAUGACAAUGACGAUGGUCUUCAUCAGACCAUUGACUUGUCAACCAAGUCCCGGGAACGCCUGGAAGUGACUACUACUGUUUACUGCACACCCAAUACACCCGUCAACAACAACAACAAUACUAUAAAUAAUAACAACAAUGGUUAUUACAACAUUAACAUUGACGGUGACAAAAUAGUAAUGAAGGGAUCCGCGAAGAGGAAGAAACCCAAUCCCAUGCAAAUAGUCUUAGCGAAAAAAUCGAAAAUCCAAGAAGAAAACGAAGACGUCAGCGGUAACGAUUUCGACGACGACGUGGUUGCCGUUGUCGUAGAUGACGACGACGACAACAACAACGAUGACUGUAAAGAAAACGUAGAAGAGCCGUCAAUGAAGACGGCGAUGACAACUAUUGCGACUACACCACCAACUUCGGCUGAAGACGAACCGACGCCGGUAACUGUAGCUAACCUAACUGCAGCUAUACGGAAGAACAGCAUUAAAUCGACAGAAGUCAAGUCCGAACAAGAGAAAUUGGACGAGUGCAUGACUGAAGAGAUAUUGCGGUCGGUGUUGACGGACGAAAGCGACGGCGAUGACAUGAUCACCGAAGCUUUCGUCAAGAAAAAAGGCGUGACGAAGAAAACGAAAAAAGGCAGAAAAGACCGGAAGAACGGAGGGAACAAGAAAGAAAUGACCGAUGCGAUGAAGAGAGAGCUGGAACAACGGAUGCGCGAAGAGUUCGCACAGCUGUCUCGGCUCAAAAAUCAAGACCUAGCGCCCAGAUGGUCCAACGGUUGGAUAUGGCAGGGAAAACCUUUCAAGCGCCCCGUUUACCUAGAGAACGACGAUACACCAGUGUUAAGGAAAUGUUACCCAUGCAUGCGUCACAUGCAAGGCGACACCAUAUACGCAAGGGACUGCGUGCUUCUCAAGUCGGGUUCUCGUAAAAACGACUUGCCGUUCAUCGCCAAAAUCGCCAACCUGUGGGAAGAUCCCGUCAACGGAGAAAUGAUGAUGUCGCUGCUGUGGUACUACAGGCCGGAGCACACAAAACAGGGACGGGUGAAGGAAGACAUGCCCGACGAGCUGUUCGCGUCAAAGCACAGAGACGUCAACAGCGUGGCCUGCAUCGACGAUCGGUGUUAUGUAUUGACGUUCAACGAGUACUGCAGGCACCGGAAGCACAUGAAGUCGGUACAAGAGAAUUUGGUGCUGUGCAAGGCGGUGGUACCGCCGUUACGCGAGGCCAACCCGCGAGCCAGACAGUUGCCCGCAGACGGCGCGCCGACAGAUCUGAUAUUCUUCUGCCGCCGCGUGUACGAUUGUCGGCAAAAACGGUUGCUGAAGAAGCCGACGCUCUGACCAAGACGUGUCCGCUGUCGCCGCCAUCGUCGCCGCGUCUUCGUCCUCCUCGCCGUGCACUAUCGCCGCUGCGGUUUUUCCAUACUACCGUCGCGAUUGUCGCGUUUAUAUUAUUUAUUAUUAUGAUUAUAAUUACUAUUAUUACGACUAUAUAAUAACGUUCGUUUCAAUUGUAUUCGCUCUUUUCUUAAAUUAUUAUUAUUAUUAUUAUUUUAUUGUCGGAACGUUGCAAAACGAUAAUACGCGAUAUUGUAAUAUUAUCAUGUCAUACCUGUACGACAUGUAUGGACAAAAAAUUAAUUAUUUUUUUUUGUUUUGUGUGCGGGGCCCGAAAAAAACCCUUCGGACGGGAUCGUAGGCCUCGAUACUAAAAACCGAUAGCUAUUAUAUUAUAUACAUUAUUAUUUGCGCGCACCCCUUUCCCCGCAAACACUGUUGUGAUGAUUUGAGAUAUAUUUUGUAUUUUUGAAAGACAAAUCAUUUCAAAAUUAAAAACUUCGACCAACAGGUGUUUACACAGCUGGUUUUAUUCGUUAUUGAAGAAAUGACUAUGUACUUAAUCGUAACAUUGACCGAAAUGAAUACUUUUUUAUAUCUAAAUUUUAUUUUAUUUUUCGAAACUAUUGUGAAAAAUCAUUUUUUAUAAGAAGUCACAUAUACACACACACACACACACACACACUCGUUUGUCGUCUGCGCGCGCUAUAUAAUAUUAUGUAUAAUAAUAAGUAUUAUAGGUAUAAUAUGAUUAAUAUAUAUAUGUGUUUAAUUUAUAAUCGCCGCACGCUCCGCUCUACCACCUACCUCUUCUUUUAUUCUCCUCGAUUCUUAUUAUUUUUUACGGAAAUUAGUUGAUUUUAUUUUUAUUAUUAUUAUUAUUAUUAGCAUUAGCAUUACUACUACUACUACUACUACUACUACUACUACUCAUGAUAUGAUUUUUCAUCAUACGAUGUGCAGGAUAAUAUAAUAUACCGAUGAUGAUGUUGUUGAUGGGCAUUUCGGUUACUUGCGUGUGCAUUUAUUCAGCGGUCCGCUCGCGUGGAAACGGAAUCGAUAUACCCUCCCGCCAAACACUCGUCCGCAACUCGCACCCUCGCCGUCACACAUUAUCUUCGCGUUAUUUUUUUCUGCACUCGUAGACGACGCCGCACCAAUAUCUCGCUUUUCGAUCGUUCCAAUAUAAGAUAUUCCUCAAUUCACACACGUGCACAUAUAUUAUAUAUCUAGUCAUCAUUAAUUGCUGAACAUACGAUAUCAAUAAUAAUAAUAUAUAUCCUCCGAGCUCACGUUAUACCGUUAUUGUUUUCAUCCACUAAUUAUAAUUAUUAUUGCUCGCUGGUGGUACGACCGAUAUUGUAUUCGUACUAUCGACUUCAAGCCACGCUUUCCGAUCAUCACCACCAUCACCUCACCUAACCCUCUCACCCGCCGCCCAUCAAACACACUCGCAAUUAAGUAUAACGAAUCGACGAAUAUAUAUUAUUAUAUACCAACUAUAUGUACCAAUUGUGAUUGGCCUGGUCGGUGGUAUAUUUAUACAUAUUUUGUUUUUUACGCUUUUUUUUUAGUUUAGUCGCAUAAUUUCAAUGUUUUUGCUUUAUACAAAUGUUUUGUUAUAGAUUAAAAAAAAAAAAAAUUAAAUAAUAUUAUUAUUAUUAUUAUUAUACUAUAUUAUUGAUUCCUAAUAACCGAGUAUAAUAUAAUAAAUGUUAGAAAAACGACAAACGAUUAAAUAAUUUGAUUAAGUGAUUAAAAUUUAAUAAAAUGGUAUUAAAAAAAUAAUAAUAAAAAAAAAUAUAUAUAUAAACACUAUAUAUGGGUAUAAAAUAUUUUAUUUUUAGAUAUUUAUGAUGUGUAAAUGGACCAAUUUUUCGUGUAUAAACUUUUUUUCAUCGUUCACAUAGUUCCGAAUGGACGCAUGUAGCUUAAAUAUUAUGUUUAUUAGAUAAAAGGUCAUUUAGUUCGCAAUAAAUUUAUGUAGUUAUGAUUUUUUUUCCAAGUGUAAUAUUUUGUGUUAUUCUAUAAUUAAUAGCAAUUCAGUUACAAACACACACACGUAGUACAUAAUGUUAUACAUAUAUGUACUUAGAAUGUUAUAAAUUGACAUCCCUAAAUAAUAUUGUUUGAAUUAAGUCACAUAUGUAUUGUAUAAUUUUGACAUUCAUUGAAACUAUAAUAUAACACUGAUAUUAUAAGAAAUA